ACUCCGCAAAUCCUAGGUGGUGACAAAAGAAGCCCGGGCGGGGCGGAGUGAGGAGCUGGAGCCCGGCGCUGGGGCCGAGGCGGCUACCGCGGGGGCCCGAAGCUCCGACGCCCAGCUCUUUCCUUCUCCUUUUGGCCGCGUUAAGCCUCACCUCCCCACCCUGCCUCCCCCCCGGGCACCUGGCGGCCGGGUUGACAUUUGGACUCCCGGCGGCAGCAAGGACGCUCACCUGGCCGAGCCCCGCUCCCUUCUCCUCCACCCCUCCCCCACCUGCCCUCCACCUCCCCUCAGAAUCGGGAGGCGUCCGGAUCCGUAGGCGAGGAAAUAACGACCCCUGCAGUUGUAUUGCGGAAAAUCGCGGCGGCGGCGGCGGCGGCAGCGCUAGUCGCGGACGAUGGAAGCGAGGCAACUGGAGGUUCCGGGGAGCCCAGGAAAAUAGCAGAGGAACAGAAAGCGCGCACGCGACGCGGGGAGCCCGUAGGCUCCCGAUGCUUCCGAGUACCUGGCUCCCCACGGUUCCCGUUCCGAGCCCUGGACGUGUCUCCCGAGCCGGGCUCCGAGGCGGCAGGCUGCGUGCGGACUUGGGCAGCCGGGAGGGUCGGCGGAGGCAGCUGGCGGCCAGCAGUUGCGGGCAAUAAUCCCUGCCUCUCUUUCUGUCUCUCUGUAUGCUGUGUCUGCUCCUCCCCCCGGCCCCCGGAAGCAGGAGGAGAACGGCCCCGGAGCGGAGCAGCCACCUUCUGACCAUGCCCUGGUGAGGUGGGCGGACUUCGAGGGCAACUCGUCGCGAACUGCCUGGGCUUAGCCAGCAAGCUGCGAGCUGCCAGGGGCCCGGAACUGCGCGGCAAGGCCCGGCGGGGGGCUAUCGUCUAUGACUUCUUGGGGCUCCAGGAGGAUCGGGGUCUCGUUUUUGCAGGAAGAGCCCCGCGCUGGUGGCUUCAGGUGGCUGCCGCCGCCGCUGCUAGUGCUGUUUCCGCCGCUUGUGCAAGGAGUAGAGACCGGCGAGCAGGGAGACUUCCCGGGCAGCGAGGCAUCGGACAUGUGUCAGCACAUCUGGGGCACACAUCCGUCAAGCCCGAGGGGAGAUUUGCUGGAACAAUUCAAACUGCGAUAUUGAUCUUGGGAGUCCCUGGCUGGCAGUCGGGUGGGAGUGCGAGUGUGCGCUCGCUAGGAAGUGUGUGCGUGUGUGCAUGUGUGUGUGUGUGUGUGCGCGCGCGCGCGCCCUGUGGGGAUUCCCCCCUUCCCCCCUGUUUUCCCGUCGAGUGAUGCACUUGGAAUGAGAAUCAGAGGAUGGAAAUAGUCUGGGAGGUGCUUUUUCUUCUUCAAGCCAAUUUCAUCGUCUGCAUAUCAGCUCAACAGAACUCACCAAAAAUCCAUGAAGGCUGGUGGGCAUACAAGGAGGUGGUCCAGGGAAGCUUUGUCCCAGUUCCUUCUUUCUGGGGAUUGGUGAACUCAGCUUGGAAUCUUUGCUCUGUGGGGAAACGGCAGUCACCAGUCAAUAUAGAGACUAGUCACAUGAUCUUCGACCCCUUUCUGACGCCCCUUCGCAUCAACACUGGGGGCAGGAAGGUCAGUGGGACCAUGUACAACACUGGAAGACAUGUGUCCCUGCGCCUGGACAAGGAGCACUUGGUCAACGUAUCAGGAGGGCCCAUGACAUACAGCCACCGGCUGGAGGAGGUCCGGCUACACUUUGGUAGUGAGGAUAGCCAAGGGUCAGAGCACCUCCUCAACGGACAAGCCUUCUCUGGGGAGGUGCAGCUCAUCCACUAUAACCACGAGUUAUAUACCAAUGUCACAGAAGCUGCAAAGAGCCCAAAUGGAUUGGUGGUAGUUUCUAUAUUUAUAAAAGUUUCUGAUUCAUCAAACCCAUUUCUUAAUCGAAUGCUCAACAGAGACACUAUCACAAGAAUAACAUAUAAAAAUGAUGCAUAUUUACUACAGGGACUUAAUAUAGAGGAACUAUAUCCAGAGACCUCUAGUUUCAUUACUUACGAUGGGUCAAUGACUAUCCCACCCUGCUAUGAGACGGCAAACUGGAUAAUAAUGAACAAACCUGUCUAUAUAACCAGGAUGCAGAUGCAUUCCUUACGCCUGCUCAGCCAGAAUCAACCAUCUCAGAUCUUUCUGAGCAUGAGUGACAACUUCAGGCCCGUCCAGCCACUCAACAACCGUUGCAUCCGCACCAACAUCAACUUCAGUUUACAGGGGAAGGACUGUCCAAACAACCGGGCCCAGAAGCUUCAGUAUAGAGUAAAUGAAUGGCUCCUCAAAUAGGAAAGUAAGCCAAGAAGAAUCCCACCUCAGUGAAAUGCUACAACUGUGAAUUGACGUAACCUAAACUGUCCCCUUCUUUCUUCUCUUUCUUUCCUCCCUCAAGCCUCAUUCACUCUUUGGAUCGGCCCUUUCUUCAUGAAAAUUGUCUGCAAAACCUUGGCAGAGGAAUAUAUCUCUUACACACACUCACAAAUACACACACAAGCACUCACACACACAUACACACACAUGCAAAUAUAUCUACUCACAUACACACUCAUACAGCUCCCAAGAUGGGAAGUUAAAUUUUAGAAACAAAAGGCUCAUUCAUAAGAGGUCUUAGAAGAAAAUAACCAAUUAACCUGAUUACAAUUUUGAUACUGUUUUCCGAAACAAAUCUACCGAAUGAGAAUUUUCAGCCUUGUAUAUUACAAAAUUCUUCCAAAAGAGAGAGAGGAGAAAACACAGCUCUGACAGCAUCAAGUGGACUUUUGUUCUUUGCAUCAAGUAAUCUCAAAUAGUGUCCUAGGAUCCUUUAUGGGUGCUGGUGACAGGUGAGCCAAGACAAAGUUGGCCAAGGACACAUUUCUAGAUUGCGAUUCUUCUGUUUACUCAACAAUUUAAAAAGAAAAAAGGACAGAUAUUGAAUAGAUGCACAUUGUAUAUAUAUAUAUCACCACAGACUAUUAAAAAAUGGAAUUAUUACCCCUCUUUGUCAUAUAUGUGUAGUAGGAUUUGCCAAGAUCAUAUUGAUCCAUUUGCUGUUUUUUAUUUUCCAAAGGUCAUACAUUGUGUUUGGUUAUUGUUAACAGCUCAAUAAAUGUGUUUAACAAGUUAAUUUCAUUUUUCUGGCUAUAGUCUAUUCUCCUUCCUUACAGGCUAAGCCCUGGCUCCAUGCAACUGCAUUCUUUGGUUUCAUUUGUUCCUUCAUCUACAUGUUUUGCUCAUUUGCAGCCAGUUUUUACUGAGUUUGUGGCAAUGGGAAUGCAUUUGCUAAGCAAGUAUAACUUUAACUCCACUCCAUGGCUCGAUCAUUCAUAUGAGGUGAGGUUCAGCCUGAGAUAGUAGGUGACAGAUUUCUUGCACUUCAAAACUGCCACCACCCACCCCACCCC